GGCCUCUUCUCGUGCGUAAUGACGCACCCGUCUGGCAGCGCCUCCCCCUCCCUCCUCCUGUCACAUCUGGAUCCGGCUCCUCUCAUCAGCACCACUCAGCGCAGUGGGAUGAGAGGGAGGGAGGCAGGGAGGGAAACGACCGGCUCGGGAGGCGCAGCUUCAUCUACAAGCGAGCAGAAACAAGGAGAGAAAGAGAAGGACGUUCAGUUAUCUGCCUCUCCUCAUCCCUCCAUCCACCUCUCCUCUCUCUCUCUCUGGUUCACCCCCUUUUUUAUUUUCUCCUCUCCUCUCGUGCCUCGGAUACUAUGAGCUCCAGCUUGCUAGAAAACCCGGUGCAGGCUAUUCUGUACCUGCGGGAGCUCACCACCAUCGUGCAGAACCAACAGAGUCUCAUCCAGACCCAGCGCGCCCGGAUAGAGGAGCUGGACCGGCGGGUGGACGAGCUCAUCGGUGAGAACAGGCACCUGCGGGACGUUAGGGUCCAGCAGCAGUACCUUCACCAUCACCAUCUUCAUUUCCCUGACCCCAGCUGCCUCCACCAUCACCACCACCCGCAGGAACCCCAGCCCAAGGCAAGUGGGGGGUCUCUCCCGGACCAUCAUGCGGCCGCACCAGCACAGGUCGAGGCGGCACCGGGCGUCCAGCCCCCGCCGGCCCAACCUAUGGACCCGGGGGACAUGCAGCUAGUCCCGGCAGACCCGGCCACGAUUUCCCUCUUGGAAAGUGAGUCAGAGAACGGCGGAAGUUGCCCCAGUUGUAGAUCUUUGGUUCCAGUGACCCCAACAACCCUGUGUCGGUCUCUGACCCUGGCGAGGAAAUCCGACGGCCAGCUGCUGAGCCUGGAGGACGGGACGUCCUCUGGCAGAGGACAGGAACCGGAGGGGAUGAAGAGGGAGGGACCCAGCGAGUACGAGAUAAGCCUGGAGAAUAAAAACAAACAGAUAGAGGAGCUGGAGCAGAGGUACGGAGGCCAUCUCAUCGCCAGGCGGGCGGCCCGCCGCAUCCAGACGGCCUUCCGUCAGUACCAGCUCAGCAAGAACUUCCAGAAGAUCCGCAACUCGCUGUCGGAGAGCAAGCUGCCCCGCCGGAUCUCCCUGCGCCAGCCCAGUCCGUCGGGCCGGAACCGGAACGCGGCCCAGAGGCACAGUUACUCUCUGCACCCCGGAGGAGGACAGAUACCUUUGCGCUCGAAAACGCCCCCUCCUCCUCCGUGUCGCUCCACGUCUCUGCCCCCGUCUCCUGCGUCGGGCCCGACGAACGCCCCAUCUUCCACCUCCAACCAGGCCCCACCUCAAACCCCUGGACCCACCCUCACACAGCUGGAGGACUGCUUCUCUGAACAACUUCACUCCUUGGCUCAGUCCAUCGAUGACGCCCUUCGUGGUUGGAGCAUGUCAGAGAGCGGCGAGGGGAAAGGCCUGCUGAUUGACCCCGGGGCCCUCCGUGCAGCGGCAGAGAGUGCUGGUCUGCCCCGCAGUGCCAGCUCCCUGCUCAUGGCCUUCAGGGACGUCACAGUUCACAUCGACAGCAACAGCUCCUACACCAUCUCCUCCACCACCACCACAACCACCACCUCUCUGGGGAACUCAGGAGGAGGUCCGGGCAGCAGGAAGACAUCUGUGAGCGGGACGGGCGGAGGAGGAGAUGGCCUGCCGGCGGAGGAGCCAGAGUUCCCCGCACCUCCUCCCAGCGAGGAGCUGGAAAUGGUCGACCCAGGGUCCAGGAGGGGCUCGGCAGUGCCGGCUGUAGGAGGGGUUGGUUCGGAGGGCGAGGGCAGCUCGGACAGACUGGGAUCCACCUCCACCUCUAUCUCUACUUCCACUUCCGUUUCCACCUCGGCCCAGUCAAACCAGCAGCCUGCUCAGAUUUACACUCAGUACCAGCAGUACCACUACACUCAUCCUCAGCAGAUCCCCCCGGGUCAGACUCCUGAGGCCCUGCAGGCUCUGGUGGUCUCUUUGCCAAGGGACCGUUGCCAGGACCCGAUUUCCUGCCGCUCACCAACCCUGUCCACUGACACCCACCGAAAACGCCUCUACCGUAUCGGACUCAACCUCUUCAACGUCUGCGUAGUGGACGAGAUGGAUUUCUCCAACAUGGAACUGGAUGAAGCUCUGAGGAAGUUUCAGGCUCACGUUCGUGUUCAGGGAGAAGCGCAGAAAGUGGAGAGACUCAUUGAAGCUUUUAGUCAGAGGUACUGUAUGUGCAAUCCGGACGUGGUGCAGCAGUUCCACAACCCAGACACCAUCUUCAUCCUGGCCUUCGCCGUGGUCCUCCUCAACACGGACAUGUACUCGCCCAACAUCAAACCCCAGCGCAAAAUGGGCCUGGAUGACUUCAUACGCAAUCUAAGAGGUGUGGACGAUGGAGCAGACAUCCCCAGAGAGAUGGUUGCAGGAAUCUAUGAGCGGAUCCAGCAGAGAGAGCUGCGCUCAAAUGAAGACCACGUCACCUAUGUGAGCCGGGUGGAGCAGUCCAUCCUGGGCCUGAAAACGAUCCUUGCUGUGCCCCACAGACGUUUGGUGUGCUGCUGUCGUCUGUUUGAGGUGCCUGAUGCAAACAAACCCCACAAACAGAAACUGUCCCAGCUUCAAAGAGAGGUCUUUCUCUUCAAUGACCUGCUGUUGAUUCUGAAGCUGUGUCCCAAGAAGAAAAGCUCGGCCUCGUACACUUUCUGUAAAGCUAUGGGCCUCCUGGGAAUGCAGUUUCACCUCUUCAGCAAUGAGUAUUACGCUCACGGCGUCACCAUGAUGAGCCCGUUUACCUCCGAGAAGAAGCAGCUGGUGAGUUUCUGCUCCCCAAGCGGAGAGGAGCUCAGGAAGUUCGCGGAGGAGCUCAGGGAAGCCAUCGCAGAGGUCAACGAGAUGGAGCAGAUACACAUUCAGAUGGAGUUGGAGAGGCAACAAGGCAUCCAGCCACAUGUUUUACACACCAACGGCGGUCAAAUGGACACACACACAGGACAUGGCUCUCCCUCAGGCCAGCAGGAUGCGUAUGAUAACACUGGCAACAACAACACAGUAGAGGUGUCAAUUCACAACAGGCUGCAGACGUAUCAGCUGAGCCAGCCCAGCAUUGAGUCGGCGCCCCUGGCCCUGGCCGCGCCGCCCGCCCUCCUCAGCCCCAUCCAGGCCGGAGACCUCCGCCCGGAAACGCUCAUCCAGUGCCAGCAGAUCGUCAAGGUGAUCGUCGUGGACCAGAGCGGGCGGGGCCGGAUGGAGGCCUUCCUCAGCCAGGGCCCCGCCACCCACCAGCUCAUCCAGUCGGCCAUGUCGACGCCCGUCCGCGUCCGGGACGGGGACGGGCCCCAGCCGCCCCUGCCGCCUCCCCCUCCCCCAUACAACCACCCCCACCAGUUCUGCCCCCCUGACUCGCCCAUGCCCUUUCACCACACCAUGCCUCUGACUCGCAGGCGCAACUCCAGCGGCUCCCGCAGCAUCGUUUGAGGCGCAGCAAACAUGGUGGAGCACAAGAUGACCUCAGAAUACAAGCAGCGCAAAAAAAAAGUUAAGAAAAUAAACAUGAAAUAGAAGGAAAAAGAGAUUAAGAAUCUGUCAUAGUCUUGAUUGUUGUUUUUAAAGAUGGAGUAGCUUUAAAGGCAAAUCUGAAAAGACCUUCCGUCCCCUUUUUUAUUUCCAACAUGUCUCCUGGUGACCCGUUUCCACUUCACCCAUUUUGGAUUUUUAAUGCCACCAGAUCAAGAUAUGCAUCUUUGAGCAAGGAUGGUGAAACUCAUAAGGUUUAAGAAAAAGAACCCAUCUCUGAAAGGACACGUUACUAAAUAUGAAGAACAAAAUAUGUCCAUUGUUUUUCAGUUUAUUUCUUUUUUCAGCGCACUGAUGUUUGAUGUAAACCUUUAUUUGAAACCGUGUUUCAUGAGGAAUUAUUUCAGCACUCUGCAUAAUGUGAAGAAACAAGAGUACCAGCUUAUUUGUUCCCUCAUUUUCUAGGGAACAGGUAAUCAGUAUGCGAAGAAGGAGAGAAGGAGACAAAAAACCCCGAUGAACGGCUCUGUCAUCGCUACAAUGUCAUGUGCAAUUUGGAGUAGCGAGCGAAGGUGCUGCUACUCAAUGACUUAAAACAAUUUUCUGAAGACAAUCAUGUUUCUGUGCUUCAUUGUGUGUUUUGCUCAAAUUGUCGUAGCACAAGUAGCGUCUCAGUGCUCUGAUUCAGCGGCGUGUCGCUCCGACAGAGCUCAGGAAGAACAGCAAACUGCGUUACUGUAUCUGCACCUCUGAGCUGCACUAAGAGCAGAGAGUGUGUGUUCUGUUUCUUCAGUCUGCUUACUUUUGGGCCACAGGGAAUCGGGCUGCUAAUUCAUUCAAAACAAGGCUAAAACGGGCAAAUGACACCUUUUCCUUUUCUGUAUGUUUGCUCCUAUGAAUACCUGAUGUAAUUAUUGAUGUUACGUUUUUGGAUUUCAACUAUGCCUUUGCCCAAAACUAUUUUUUUCUUUUCCCUUUUUUUAAAAGCUAUAUUUAAAUUAUGCUACACAGGGUAGAUGCAUCCCAGAGAUAUAUGAACUCUUAUGUUUUUGUUUAAAAAAAAGCAACAAUGCAUUUCUGUACUGAAUGUUAAAACGAUAUUUCAGAGUCUUUUUGUGUGUGAGGUUUCUGUGAGGUUAUGAGCAGUCAAUAUCUUAUCUGUUGUAGAUAGAUUUUAACAGAUCAGUUUUUUAUGGUCUAUGUCCAUUUUUAGAAAUCAUGGCAGGGACAGACGAUACACAAGCCUGAUACCAACAGCUUCCUAAAAUACUCUAGUCUUUUUUUUGAAGUUAGUCAAGAAUCUCAAAAAAAUGUUACAAUUUUCUUUACGUUUUUAAUUUUUUAUUUUUUGUGGUUCCUACAAAACCAGAUGAAUUUUUCAGGAAGGUGUCCAUAUUUUUAAUUUGGUUAAAUAUGUAUUUUUUAAUUUACCAAAGUAUACUUAUUGAUUAACUUGCAAAAAUCAUAUAUUUUUCAACCUUUAGACAAAUGUGGGCACCUAAAACAAUAAAUUCUCAAAAAAAAAAAAAAAAACAACUAAAAUGUUGGCUACAAUAAACUGCUUGUAGCAGCUGCUGCAUGUUAUAUUUGCACAGGCAGGGUUGAUUUUAAAAAGAAGUGGCAAUCAGUCUUUCUCUAAACUGAGACUGUUCAAAGAGCUCAUCUACAACAGAUAUUGUUUAUAACCUUUCCAUCUAACCCCACUUCAAAAGAAAAAGAAAAAAAUCUGGAUUAUCCCUUUAAAUAAGGGGGAAACUGAAGAUGUCUAUGAACUUCUCUCUUUGUUUCAUCACGGUGUCGUCUGUUCAGCGUCGAUGAUUUUUAGGCUCCAGCCGAUAUGUGCAGCACAUCAUAAGUCAUCCAGCAGAGGACAGAUGUUUUUAGCACCACAGAAUAUAUUGGAUAUAUUGUAAAUAGAUAUCAUAGAUUUAUUCUGGAGAAAAAAAAAA